AUGGCGGACGACAAGGCACUCAGCGAAAAGAUCAUCAGUCAGGCGGAAGCGCUGCAGCAGUGGGGAGCGAUAGAGCCCUACGUAACUGGGGUGACCAGCUUUGUGGAAGAAUACAGAGAGAUCAUCGAUGGUGUCGGCAACGUCUUUGCUGUCGUUGGAUUCGUCUGGAACAUCUACUCGGAGAUAGAGAAGGCCAAGGAGAACGCAGCCCAGCAACAGGCCAUGGUCACGCAGAUCAUCCGCGCCGUUGACGGGAUGAUCACGCAUGCAACUGCCGAGAUCAAGCAACACAUCAACCAGAAAGAGGUCCAAGCCGCCCUCAAUUCGGUCAUGGCCGUCCAGCAGGGCUUCUACCACGAUGUGCUGCCUUAUGCUAAUACAUACCCGCUGACGGGCGUUGACAUUGGCCACAUCGUCAACCUGAUUGAAGACUCACGCAAGGCCAUCGAGACGCUGCACGCCCUUAUCCCAGAGCGCGCCCAUGACUGCGACGGCGCCGCCGUCCUAUCCCUCUACCGCAGUUUGCACGCCGCCGUGCAGUGCAAGCUCACGAUGGACAGGUGGCACCGAGGCUUGACUCAGGCUGUUAUCACCGAGGCCGAGUAUGAGAUGACACGCCUGAUCCAGGUCUGGGUACCUGUCGUCCGCGGUCUCCAGGGCAUGAGCGACCGCUCCUUUUCGCCGGGCAUUGUCUAUUUCCAUGCUGGUGGCCAUGGCCGGCCUGAGUUCACCAGAUACUCGUACUACUAUAUGGGCAAAGCCCAGCCGGGAAGCAGCUCGGUGAGAGCGCCUGUGUCCCAGGCCUUUAUUGAGGCCCGCAAGGCGGCCCGCAACAACGCAAUUCCCCAGGAGGUUUAUGAGUGGAAUAGCCAGCCUUAUAGAAUUAUGAACGAGCUCCGAGAGCUUAAGAAUAAGGUGUCAGUAUGA